AUGCCAACAUAUCGGAUCGAGGAAGCCAGCACGGGAAGGGCCGGCUGCAAGAACAAGGAAUGCCAGGACAAAAAGGAGAAAAUCCUCAAAGGAGAGCUACGUCUUGGCACAUGGGUUGACACCGAUAAUUUCCAGAGCUGGAGCUGGAAGCACUGGGGCUGUGUUACUCCGAAGCAGAUAGCCAACAUGCAGGAAGUCGUGGGUGAUGAAAAAGAUUAUACUCUCCUUGAUGGCUAUGAUGAGAUCUCCACAGAGAAUCAAGAGAAAGUCCGUGAUGCUGUCGAGGAAGGGCAUGUUGCUGAUUCGGACUGGAGAGGGGACGUAGAAGUAAACCGCCCAGGUAAAACAGGAUUUAGAGUUCGAAUGCUCAAGAACAAAACAGGUGCCAACGAUGAAUCUCCUCGGAAGGACAAACGCUCCAGAAGCAAGAGAGCAGCUGAGGAGUCGGGCGAAGAAGCUGAGCCCGUCUCAAAGAAAUCAAAGACAAUAAAGCCUUCCAAACGCCAGGGUUCUGGAAACGGUGCUGGCGCAGAUGAUGCCGAAAAUGGACCACCCACCAGUCCGAAGGAAAAGGCUGCCGAAGAACGGAAGAAGAAAGCCAAGUCGUCUAAGCCUGCAGAAGUGAAAAAAUCUGCGAACCGUAAGUCUGUGCCAGCGAAGGAUGACAAGGUAGAUGCACCGACAAAUCACAAGAAACCUUCCAAACGGAAGGGCGACUGA